ACCUACCCAGUAGCCACCAACCCACCAAGUUCUAGUCCAUCAAAGUUGACCAAAAACAUCACAAACCAAACACUAAUCCUUGUCCUCUAUAAACAGCAAAAACUUUUAAUCAAAGCUAUUACAAUCAUAUCCUAAAAUUCACAUUUCUUAGGUACAAAAUUCAUUUUUGAGAUGGCUACUGCAAAUCAAGAAGAAGUGAGGCUAUUAGGAAAAUGGGCAAGUCCAUUUAGCAACAGAAUUGAUCUUGCAUUGAAACUCAAAGGUGUUCCAUACAAAUACUCUGAAGAAAAUCUAGCUAAUAAAAGUGAUGAUCUUCUUAAAUACAAUCCUGUUUACAAGAAGGUGCCUAUUCUUGUUCACAAUGGAAAUCCAAUUGCUGAGUCUCUUAUCAUUCUUGAAUACAUAGAUGAGACAUGGAAGAAUAAUCCACUUUUGUCUGAGGAUCCUUAUGAGAGAGCCUUGGCUCGUUUUUGGUCUAAGACUCUUGAUGACAAGAUUUUGCCUGCAAUAUGGAAUGCUUGUUGGAGUGAUGAGAAGGGACGUGAGAAAGCUGUGGAGGAAGCAUUAGAAGCUCUAAAGAUACUAGAGGAUGAAAUAAAGGACAAGAAAUUCUUUGGUGGAGAAACCUUAGGACUUGUAGAUAUUGCUGCCAAUUUCAUUGGUUAUUGGGUUUAUAUAUUACAAGAAAUUGCAGGGUUGGAGUUACUCACUCUUGAGAAAUUUCCAAAGGUAUAUAAAUGGAGUCAAGAAUUUAUCAAUCACCCUGUUAUCAAGGAAGGGUUGCCUCCAAGAGAUGAACUAUUUGCCUUUUUCAAAGCUUCAGCUUCAAAGUAGAACCAAUUUUAGAGGCAUGAUUUAUAAUUGUUUUUCAUAAUUUAAUUUUCCUUCAAAAUAAUCAUGUUGUACUGAUUUGAGUUGUAAGCCAAAAGCUUGUUAUUUUUUUCUUGAUUUUUUAGUUUAAUUGAACAAUGCCACGAACUUGCAUAACUCCAUUUUAACAUGUAUAACUUCACAUGUUAAAAUGAGUGAAUGAUCAUUCUCUAAAAUUGCAUGACCAAAAUAAUUUGGUUUUUGAA